CUCUCUUUCUUUCUCUCCUUUUUUUUAAAAAAAAAAAAAAUAUGACGGAUUUAUCAGAAACAACAUCUGAAUCUACUACGACUACUACUACUACUACUACUACUACUACUCGUACAACUGAAUAUAAGUCUCUUCAUUUUGUUUGGUUUGUCAGUCAUGGAGCACUCACAGCGACAAGUACAUUAUACUUCCUAUCUUGGUUACUUGUACACCCAAGUCAUUUUCUUUAUCGUUUAUCAUAUUUACUUGCCAUAGUCACUUAUACAAUCACUCUUUAUAGUGCAUACAAGCCUUCUUCCAAUACAAAUGAAUUGAUGAUCAAACGUAUGUUAUUAGACGAAGAUUUCUCCUAUCUCUUUUUGGCCUUCUACUUGUUUUGGACGAGACGAUUGACUGUGACAUUGGUUCCAUUCUUUGUUUAUUCAUUGUUUCAUGUGGCUCAAUAUUUACAAUCUUCUUUAAUUCCAUCUAUGGCUCCUCAUUUAUCUUAUAUAAGUGACAAACUUAAGAAUUGGAUAGAUCAAUAUCAUACUCAAGUCAUACAUUUAGUAGCUAAAUAUGAACUUUUUGUCGUGAUGGGUCGUUUAAUCUUUGGAUUAUUUGUAUUCCGAUCCUCUAUUUUCUCAAUAUUGUUUUAUAGUCAUUUUCUUCGUAUGCGAUAUUAUACUUCAAUAUCUAUGCGUGAAACUCUUUCUGAAAUAGGUAAACAACUUGAUACUUUUUUACUUCCUCCUACUGCUCAUCCAAAGGUACCUCCUAGUGUUUCCAAAGCUUAUCAAACUUUUAGAGAUAUCUCCAAAAUCAAGAAACAACAAUGAUUAGUAUAGUUUUUUAUAUAUUAUUUGAUCAAUAAAAAAGAACGUGAUUUGUUCUCCAAACUGGUAAUUUAUCCAAACGGAACGGAA